ACUAGAGGUUCUGUUCUGACUAAGCCUCUAGCUGACGGCCCUGCCUCGAGGUAUGACGCCUCAAUCACAGUAAUGAGAUGAUGUAAAAACUCAUUUUCGAUGCCAUAGCGAAGGCUUAUCGUCGAACCAUUGGUUUCAACAGUUCGAGAUAUUCGAUCGCGUCAUUCGAAACCCUGCUUCUAAGGGGUAUAAUUUCCAGCGAUCACGAAUCGCAAUCCUUGAUACAGGAGUCAGAGGCGAACUCGGCAACCUCGUCACCGACUACAAAGACUUCGUCUCGGAUAACGAGCUGUAUCAUCAGGACUUCACUGACCAUGGUACAUGUGCGGUUGUUUUGAUAAGAAAGGUCUACACAGACGCAGAUAUCUUUGUCGGAAGAGUGUUCGAGGGACAAGACGCCUCCGACAACACGCCUGGUAUGAUGGCACAGGCGGUGAACUUUGCCCGAGAGUCUUGGAAGGCCGACAUCAUAGUGAUGCCUUCAGGGUUUGACGCGGAAAACGCCGAUCUAGAGUUUGCCAUCAACGAAGCUCGCAACGCCAAAGUGCUUAUUUUCGCAGCAGCAUCCAACUUUGGAAAUAUCAGAGACAUUGCCUUUCCAGCUCGCCUUGACACCAGCUUGAAACUGUUCUGCAUUUUUUCUACUACGGCAGGUAAUCGAGCAAACUGCGAUUUCAAUCCCUCGCCAUCACCGCACGCAAAGCAUAACUUUGCAGUAUUUGGCAAAGACGUUGAGCUGCCGAUACCUGCUGUAUUCAAUAAGCCGUUCAAGCUCGAUGGGAUGUCUUUCUCCACCAUGAUUGCGGCGGCAAUUGCAGGGCAAAUUCUCCAAUUUGUUCGCCACGAACAUACUCGUAGAUGGAUUCACUGCGCUGACAAGAUCCGCACGGUAGAGGGCAUGUCCGCAGUCUUCUCAGCCAUGGCGAAAGAUGAGGACAACGGGUAUCACUGCAUAGCACCAUGGAAGAUACUGUCCCAAAGACUACGUCAUGAGACAGUUGGUAAAGAUGAAGCACGGGAAGAUCUUCGCAUCACAAUCGUACGAGCAUUGGAGUCUUGUUAGACGAGAUAAAAUCAACGGCUAUGAAGUUCAGUCAUGUCCCGCUCGCUAAUCAAAAUCGAGUGAAGAAAGCAUUUCGGCCGCUAUCAAUGGAGAUAAGGAAACCAAAGUCAGAUUAACAACCUCCCAUAACGUCGUCUUCGUCAUCU